UUGAAGGAAGAAAAAUUAUGAAGCACUUGCCAAAGWUUCCGUUAUCUUGAKCUUGAGAACAAGMCCAUUCAAGAUGGGAAGAUUUUUUMCUCUCGCGCAAGUAAUUUUAGUACUGACUUUCUUUCAAAACUUCGAAGUUGAAGCAAACGAUAAUCACCACYUACGAAACAAGAGAUCAUCGUUGCUUCCAAAGCUAGAAUUGACUGUUGCCCAGAAUGGRGUUACAUCAGAAAUGGCUCCAGGAACUGUAUACACAUAUGACGUUGCUAUCAAGCACCUAUCGGGAUCCAUGGCGGAGGCACGUGGUGUCCARGUGGUUUGGAUGCUAACGCCAUACGUGACGUUUAAUAACAUUACGUCAUUGGAGUUUCCUAAGCCAAGUGUUAAGCUAGAGGAUGACAGUGUUAUCUUUUUGUACAAUGAAUUAUUCUGGAUGCAAGAUACAAAGUUCACGUUCAGCGUCACAUUUGACAAGAACAAGAAGCUUCAGUAUGGAAAACACCACGUGGUCACGUAUGUCCAGUUUCUUUAUUACAAAGACUAUGUACUGGACGGUAAUGGUAACGUCGCUAGUAAAGGUGUGGCUUACARUCAACCGUUGAUUACCUUGAAGUUUGAGGUCGAAGUCCCUGGUUGUUCGGGUCCUCUUGGGAUGAAAUCCAGCGAAAUUCUAGACUAUCAGAUCACAGCGUCUACCAGCUAUCCUGAYAACCGGCCAAACCAGGCCAGAGAGGGGGAAGACUCGUGGUGUGCCCAAGAGAGUGARAAACACCAGUUUGUUCAAGUUGACUUUCCACACGAUACGAUAAUAACACGCAUUACAACAUUUGGUCGUCGCAGCAAAACGAAAUGGACUACUUCUUAUUCACUACAGUACAGUCAAGACGAAAUYAAAUGGUCGGAUUACGAAGAGAAUGGCUUCGUCAAGGAAUUYAUUGGUAUCAAGGAUCCUCAGUACGCCAAGAUUGCUAAUCAAAUUAAAAUAACCCGACCMUUCGUUGCACGAUAUCUUCGCAUCACUCCAACAACCUUUGCUAUUGCCAAGGUCAUGCGCGCUGAAAUCUACGGGUGCAGCAUUGAAGAUCCUCCUCCGCUUCUUGAAAACCCCGAGAUAGGGUAUUCUCGACGAUCGUUCCUUCUGGAUCCCAUUUCAGACGUAUUUUUUGUGUGCAUGUACAUUUCAAAGAGAGAUGAAAGUAGCUGUACUUCAUCAAGCGAUGGAAAAGUUUGGAAUAUUAUAGAUCCACAAGUGAUUGGUGUCAUUGCRGCAAAUCCAACCGACAAACACCUGUACGCACUGGAUCGAGGAAUGAAUCUCAUGAGAAGCACCGACCGCGGGUCAUCAUGGGAAGCCAUUUCAAACGAAUACUUCCAUAGAGCGAAAAAGAGGCACACACUUCUUAUGUCCAGCGGUGUUCCUGAUAAUAUUACUAGUUCCAGUCCUCCUAUGGAUUUAUCUGUCGAAUCGACUUCAGGAACUAAAUGGGGAGUCUCAGGAACUGGUAUUCAUGUUAUGACCGCUGGUACAAACAACUGGAAUAUCGUGGGCUCGUGGCGAUGUUGUGGUCUUUGAAUCCACGUAUAUAUUUUGACUAUUAUCAAACCUUCAGUGACUGUUUUUGUGUGACCGUGCAUGCGUAAACUGUAGUAACUGCUGAGAAAGCAACCGAUGGCUCAGAUAGAAAUGCUUUUCGACUGUUCUAAAGCCAUCUUGAAUUCUGGGAUAGCCACAGAGAAUUCGAAAGUGUAUAUUGUUGUAUGUGGGAAAACUACUUUCUUUUUUAGAACAAGCGUCAAGAGGGGUCAAAUCAGUGACAUUAGAGCAAAUUCGUAUUUGACUGAACUUAUGAUCGUGCAAAUGUAUUCAAACACUGUAUAUAAAUGGGCAGGGCUUACCCUGUUGUGCCGUUAGGUCAUUGUAUCGUUGUAUACCUAGGAGAUAUAGUCUUAUUUUGUUUAGCUUGCGAGACGUGGUUUCAAUAAAAUUGUGAAGAUAAACGAAAAAACAAUGGAAUCUCAGUUCACAGUGGUUUCCAUGGGACUGCUCAUCAGAUCGAAUCAGUUUUUAAUAUUUUUUCAAAGAAAAUGUUUUUUUUUAUGGGAUAAGAGUUAUUAAUGUCAAUUACAACUGUAAAUAUAAAGAGCGUUUU